CGGCGGCGACUCAUGGGUGCUCUCCCCUUGUUCUCUCUUGCAGGCUCCAGGGAGCAGGGUGAAGGUGAGGGAGACAAUGGUCUCUGUAACUAUGGCCACUUCCGAGUGGAUCCAGUUCUUUAAGGAAGCCGGCAUUCCUCCGGGACCUGCUGUCAAUUAUGCAGUGAUGUUUGUGGAUAAUAGGAUCCAGAAGAGCAUGCUGCUGGAUCUCAACAAGGAAAUCAUGAAUGAGCUGGGCGUGACUGUGGUGGGCGACAUCAUUGCCAUCCUCAAGCAUGCCAAGGUGGUGCACCGCCAGGACAUGUGCAAAGCUGCCACUGAGUCGGUGCCCUGCAGCCCCAGCCCCCUUCCAGGCGAGAUUCGCCGAGGCGCCUCUAGCGCCGCCUCCCGGAUGAUCACCAACAGCCUGAACCGAGACUCCCCACCCAGCACUCCCCCCAGGCGGCCGGACACCAGCACCUCCAAGAUCUCUGUCACCGUGUCCAACAAGAUGGCAGCAAAGAGUGCCAAGGCUGCCGCCCUGGCCCGCCGGGAGGAGGAGAGCUUGACUGGUCCCACCAAGCGGCGCCGGGUCACGGCCGAGAUGGAGGGGAAGUACAUUAUCAACAUGCCCAAAGGCACCACCCCCCGGACCCGUAAGAUCCUGGAGCAGCAGCAGGCAGCGAAAGGUCUCCACAGGACGUCUGUGUUUGACCGCCUUGGCGCCGAGACCAAGGCAGACACGACGAUGGGGAAUAAACCCACAGGAGUCUUCAGCCGCCUGGGGGCCACCCCAGAGACGGACGAGGAUCUGGCUUGGGACAGUGACAACGAUAGCAGCAGCUCUGUCCUGCAGUAUGCCGGGGUCCUGAAGAAGCUAGGCCGGGCCCCAGCCAAAGCCAGUCCCCAGCCCGCACUAACUGUCAAAGCCAAGGCCACAAGCUCGGUGGCAACGGCUGCCGCCCCAACGCUGCGGCGCCUGGCAUUUUCCUCACGACCUGGGCUCGAGAGGAAGCCGGAGUCCCUAUCCAAAGUCAGCAUCAUCCAGAGACUGGGCAAGGCUGCCCUUGUGCCGGAGGCCCAGGACAGCCAGGUCACGAGCACCAAGAGCCCGACUGUCCGCUGCGUCCUGCCUGACCCUCCUGCACCUCCGGCCUCCCAGCGGCCCCCUCGUCGGCGGCGGUGGCGUCGAGCCUGUAGAGACUGUUAGCCGCCGUCACUCCUAGGCUGGAGGGACCUCCCCAGACCCCAGGCUGCAGCUGGGGCACCUGCCUGGGCAUCUUUUUCCCUGAAAGUCGGUGGCGGGUGGCGGAUAAGGGGCACUAAGAAGGGAAGCCAGCACUGAGAGAAGAAAACAGCUAUUUUAAUAUAUUUUUGUGACUUUCA